AUGCUCCCAACCUUUACUCUCGUUCGUGUCGGCGUCCUUGCGGCGCUGGCGACGGCCGUCUCUGCCGUCCCGGCCCCCGAGCCGCAGACUGCUCCCGUCUCCAAUCAGUCUCCUGUUUUGCCCUCUUUGGCCUUCUCGCCGCUCGCGCCGCAGGCUUCCCUGGGCCCGCUCCCCCCACCCGAGUGCGAGCCACGGACUCUCUGCGUUAAGGGAGCCAACACAUGCGGCAAAUGGGAAGGAUGUUGGGACACCUGCCAGCCCUGGAUGAGUCCGACCGAGCCGGCUUGUGUUCCUUCUUCGACAUUGGCUCCGGUUGUGAACCCCACCGCCGUGCCUAUUACCACGCCUGCAAUAUGUGAGCCUCGCAUCAUGUGUGUCGCUGGCGUCAACGAAUGCUACGACACCUGCACUCCCUCUCUGGAACCCACGGCACCCCCCUGCCUCACUAACUUCGAGACUCCCUCGGUUCCUCUGAUCACUUCGGUUGACACUGUUUCUCCUAUUGUCACGCCUGCUGUCACUCCUGUUAUGCCUCCCAUCGUGACUCCUAUUUUGACUCCCGUUACAACUUCAGUUCCAACUUCUGUCAGCGGCAGCCCGUCUGUCGACAACUGCAGCACCAGGACGGUGUGUGUUGACGGAAUUGACGCAUGUGGACAAAAGUAUGGAGGUUGCGUGCUCGACUGCAAGCCUUGGGCAAUCGCCACGCCCUUGUGUUCGCUCAACAGCCUGACCCAACUGACAAUAGUCACUCAGCCGCCUUCCACUACCACCGCGCUUGCAAAUGGGACUCCGUUAGACCCGAUUCUUGAUAACUGCAGCACAAGAACUGUCUGUUGGGAUGGGAUCAACGAGUGUGGUGAGAUGUAUGGAGGCGCUCGCCUCGCCGGCCUCGGCAGGGCUUUUCCGUCCAUGAAUGCAGGGUCUUCUUCAUCUUCAACGUCAAACAAUGCUGACAAGUCCGGAAGCGCUGAUCUCGGCCUCAUCGGCCUGGCCGUCAUGGGCCAGAACCUUAUUCUGAACAUGGCCGACCAUGGUUUCACCAUCUGCGCCUUCAACCGUACCGUCUCCAAGGUCGACAACUUCCUGGCCAACGAGGCCAAGGGCAAGUCGAUUGUCGGUGCCCACUCUACAGAGGAGUUCGUCUCCAAGCUCAAGUCGCCGCGCCGGAUCAUGCUCCUGGUCCAGGCCGGCAAGGCCGUCGACGACUGGAUUGAGACCCUCCUGCCCCUGCUGAGCCAGGGUGACAUCAUCAUCGACGGUGGCAACUCCUACUUCCCCGACUCCAACAGGAGGAUGAAGUACCUUGAGGGCAAGGGUCUCUACUUCGUCGGCUCCGGUGUCUCGGGUGGUGAGGAGGGUGCCCGGUACGGUCCCUCCAUCAUGCCCGGUGGCUCCGAGGCUGCCUGGCCCCAUAUCAAGGACAUCUUCCAGAGCAUAUCCGCCAAGAGCGACGGCGAGGCAUGCUGUGAGUGGGUUGGUGACGAGGGUGCUGGCCACUACGUCAAGAUGGUUCACAACGGUAUCGAGUAUGGUGACAUGCAGCUCAUCUGCGAGGCAUACGACAUCAUGAAGCGUGGUCUCGGCAUGUCCAACAAGGAGAUUGGCGAUGUUUUCACCCAGUGGAACAAGGGUGUCCUCGACUCUUUCCUGAUUGAGAUCACCAGGGACAUCAUGUACUUCAACGACGAUGACGGACUCCCCCUGGUUGAGAAGAUCCUCGACAAGGCCGGACAGAAGGGUACCGGCAAGUGGACCACCAUCAAUGCUCUGGACCUGGGCAUGCCCGUCACCCUGAUCGGUGAGGCCGUCUUCGCCCGCUGCCUGUCAGGCAUUAAGGAGCAGCGUGUCCGUGCUUCCCAGAAGCUUGAGUACAUUGGCCGCACCAGCUCUUUCGAGGGCAACAAGGAGCAGUUCAUCAAGGACCUCGAGCAGGCCCUUUACGCCUCCAAGAUCAUCUCGUAUGCUCAAGGUUUCAUGCUGAUGCAGGAGGCCGCCAAGGAGUACAACUGGAAGCUGAACAAGCCGUCGAUCGCCCUCAUGUGGCGCGGUGGCUGCAUCAUCCGUUCCGUGUUCCUGAAGGACAUUACCUCGGCCUACCGCAAGAACCCCGACUUGGAGAACCUCCUCUUCGACGAUUUCUUCCACAAGGCCAUCAACAACGCCCAGCCCGGGUGGCGUGAGGUUGUCGGCCGUGCCGCCUUCCUCGGUAUCCCGACCCCCGCCUUCUCGACUGCUCUGUCAUGGUUCGACGGUUACCGCACCAAGGACCUGCCGGCCAACCUUCUCCAGGCCCAGCGUGACUACUUUGGUGCCCACACCUUCCGCAUCAAGCCCGAGUUUGCCAACUCCAAGUACCCCGAGGGCCAGGACAUCCACGUCAACUGGACCGGCCGUGGUGGCAACGUGUCGGCCAGCACGUACCAGGCGUAA